UGACAGGGUGUCGACUUGUCUGGAAAGCUUCCACAGACGGAGAAUUGUUUGAGAUCCGUCUAUUUCGGAGACAACGCUGCUCGUUGACUUUACGUCGUUUUGUCACUAAAAUGUGCUGCCGUCGACUUGUUUGUGCGUUGUAUUCGUUCGACAGCCAAAUGCAGCUCACGUAGCGGCGCUCAGGAGCAUUCGUAAGGAGGUUGGCACAAAGCCCCAGCCAUGACCAUGGAUGAGGUGGGAUUUAUGACCUAUACUUCAAGCAGCAGCAGCCAAAGGGGGAUCAAGUUCUUUUGUUUCUGACCUCUUUGCACUUGACCAACUGACUGAGUUGGAGUCCCUGUCAAGAUGCAUUCCAGUGUGGAUGGACAAUCCCGCCUCCACAGCAGAGGACACACAAAUGACAAUAACAACAACAACAGCAGCAGCAUCAACGAGAGCACUAGAAAUUCUGGUUCCCAGUAUGCACUCUGCGCUCUGGGUGUUGGACUUGUGGCCCUCGGCAUUGUCAUGAUUGUAUGGAGCGUGGUGCCUGCAGCCCCGACUGGUAACAACAGCAACAAUAGUGCAGGUGGAGAAGGUGAUUCUUCGGGAAACAGGAAAAGUAAAGCUUCCUCUGUGGCCUUUGUCCUGGUGGGCUCGGGGGUGGUCAUGCUGCUGCUGUCCUUGUGUCUGGGAAUGAGGAACAAGCAGCGGGAGCAGCGGAGGCUCCAGGAGGCCCAGAAUCACAGAGGUGUGACAGCCAGGGAGAAUGGGGAUGUAGAAAUUGUCGAGCAAGACACCCAGCGCUAUGAUGUGCCCACCUAUGAGGAGGCAGUGGGGAGUGGGCAGUACCCUGUCCGUCAGAGCAACCUUCAGCCCAGCUCCUCCCAGCUCCCCGCAUAUGACGACUUGGUCCAAGUUGAUGGGAUGCAGUAUGAACUUGAAGGUUCAGACGUUACGGAUCCUGGAUCUCAACCUGGCCUCGCCACGAGCGCCACGACUGUUGCUGCUUCCGCAUCAAAUCGAAAACCUGGUAAAAGUGCCCGCAAGCUCCUUCCCAUCAAAAUCCGCAGGAUCAAGUCGGAGAAAGUAUCCAAUUCUCAACCGGCAGCUGGAGUCAGUAUUGAACCUCUCACCCCACCACCACAGUAUGAGGACAAGGUGCCCCCCCUUUGAUGAUGACUUUCAAACCUGCAAAGUUCCUAGAAUCUUCCAUCAGAACCGAUCAGGACUUGCCUUGAUGAACUCAUGCAAUACAGUCCCCAUAGCAUUUUCUUGUCAGUUAUGGUAUCAAAUUCAUGUUAUGCUCUAUCAUUCCAAAGAACUAUGACUUUUACAUGGAAAAUAUGCAGUCCUUCAACUUUUAAGCAUAUGAGACUGAGGUGGACAAGUACGCACCAAAUAUAGUUUUCCGUCAUGCCAAUGUAGAUUCAUUUGAUGGGAGAGAUGAUGAGGCUUCAAUGGCGGUUAUUUGUGUGCACAUGAGGACCAGGAGCAGUUGUUCAAGGCACUCUCACUGACUUCAGCCAGUAGAGUGGACGACAUUGAGCCCUGCAGGCUUGACCCCAUCUACCACAAUUGUUAACACCAACACCCACACCCUGAGUGGCUGUGAUAUCAGCGCUUUUAGAGCUUUGCAACAAAGACAAAACACCUUUGAUAAGUGUUGGCUUCUGUUCAAGCAGCAUUUUACUGUAUCUCCCACAUCCUUUUAUUACUUAAGACCAACAUGCCUCUGAAUGUGUAACCUCUGGAACGGAAUUCAGGAGGAAAUUGUACUAAAAUUAGCAACAGUAUUAGACUGGAACUGUAGUUUUUCAGCAACGUGAAUAUAAAUCACUGCACCAGUGUGACCCACAAUACUACAUUCAAACAUGAGGACGCGCAUUCCCACAUUACACUCCAUUAAUAUGACAGGCAUUAGCUUUUUAUGUUAGCUAUACUAUCAUAACAAUUGCACGAUUCCCGGUGGGAUACAUUGUGGUCAUUCGUGACAGUGCCUUUCUGCUUUUUGUAACACUUAACAAUGGAGGGGACAAAAAAAACAAAAAAAAAUUCCUGUAACGCUGAAUAUUAUACUCAACAUAUAGUACAGCAUUUUUAUAUAUAAAAUGUGACUGCAUUUCCUUGCAGUCUCCUUUGUUGGCAUUUAUAGACUAAAAUUCCCUUGAACCACAUACACACACUUAAGUGCUGAAAUGAAAAUGCAUUUUAUACAUUUUAUAUUUUUAGGAUUUGACAAUGUUGGGAAUGCUUUUUUGCCGUGUUUAAAGAUACACGAUGAGCCUACAGUUAAUGUGUUAAUGUAAUUAAAAAUAGUUAACUUCGUACAAACACAUUUUUACCCCAUGUAUACAUAUUGUCUAUGCCCCCACUUUGCAGUUUGACUGCCCCUACCUCACUAGUUACUACGACCGAACUGACUUCUGCUGUCCCCAAUUCACUUAUUCUCUUGACAACAUCCUGUAGGGAAUGAGGUCAACAAGGGAACAAUAGAAGCUCCUGAAAAGCCAAGCCAAGGGCCUUCACGUGGUCGUCAUGGAAAUAGCAGUCGAGCUACUAAAGAAGCAGCAUAGACUCAACUCCACUGAGGCUUUUAUUUAUUUUUUAUUUUUUUUGCUCUUAUUCAAGAGGACCAACAGAGAGUCUCUUUGAGUGUGCAGCUGCACUGUUCUCAGAGCAAGUCUUGCUCAUCAACCACAGCUUGACUCACAGCCCUGUUUUCACCUCUGAGUAUGCUGGCAAUGAGCCACACACCACAAGGCUCUAUUCAGGGGCAAAUGUUUCCAUUAGCAUACACUCUUCAUCAAUACCUGCCAAAUGUCAGAUGAGAAUAACGCACAUGGGAAUACAUGGAGUGAACAUUGCAAGUGUCCCUUUGCCUUGUGUUUGAAUGGAGUCAAGUGGUUUAGUUAACAGGAAAAGAACAAUAAAUUAUAUAUCACAAGCAGUUGUUUGAAGCAACAAAAGUCAUCUAGUCACUAACAUUUCCAGGCAUAACCUUUCUCUUUUCUAUUAAUUUUUUUCUGGUCAUGGAGUACCUCCUUUGCUUGUAAGAUUUUAUCUUCCACAAAUGCAUGAUUUCAUUAUGCUAGUAAUAAUAUUUCUCCCUGACCAGUGAAAAUUGUAGGAAAAGUUAUGUUUUUUUCCAUUGCGUGAACACGUGUACGCUGUUAGUUGAAUAUUUUUUUUAUGUAUUGUGAAAAUAUGUUGGUAAAAAUGCCUCUUGACCCCUGUGAACUGAAAGCAAAUUCAUUUUGAGAGUAUUAUGUGGGAAUAAAAAGAGUGACCCAUU